AUGCCUGUAUCUCACUACCAGUGGAACAUGCUCAUCGACGCAGAAAUAUUCGGGGAGGAGAACGUGAGAUACGUCCUCGAACAUGUGCUGUCAAAGGAAGGGGAUUUCAAGUGGGACUACCACCGUCGUACCCGGAGCUUUCGAGUCUCAGCGGAGAAUUGCUUCUCUCUUGAGCUCAUUCGACCUGAUAAUGGGGCACCUAUGAGACUCAGCAGUGUCUUCUAUGGUGAAGAGGUGGAGACUGGUUGGUCACCGCCAGACUAUUGA